CAAUUGCAAGUGUGGCGUGGUAUCACUCGUUGGGCCUGUAUAAAUAUCAGCUAUACCUCAACCUUCCACCAUCGCCACUAAACCAAAAUCGUGGUCCUUCCUUCACUGUCUCUUCUUCUGACCUGCACACGCACAGAUUUUUUCUGAUUUCGUCACUCAUGGAACCUAAUAUUUACCAACUUGCCCUCGCGGCUCUCUUUGGAGCUUCCUUUGUUGCUGUUUCUGGGUUUUUCAUGCAUUUCAAGGCACUGAAUCUAGUCCUUGAGCGUGGUAAGGAGCGUAAAGAGAACCCUGAUGGAGACGAUCCUCAAAAUCAGAGGCGGCGGAGUCAGGUCCGAAGGAAAGGGAAUGACCAAUACGGUCGCAGUCCGGCUUCUCUUCCAGAUGCUACUCCCUUUACCGAUGGUGGCGGCGGCGGCGGCGGUGGUAGUGCUGGUGCUGGUGAUGCUGGGCGGAGCAACGGCCAUGUUUAUGUUGACGAGAUCCCUCCUGGUCUCCCGAGGCUUCAUACCCCAUCUGAAGGGAGAGCUUCUGUACAUGGAGCUAGUAGUAUCAGGAAGACUGGGNCCGGUGGUUAUGUUAUUCAUCUCUCCUCCGGUGUUGCCGGCUUCGUCGCUGCUUAUUGGGUAGGACCUAGGCCUAAGGCUGACAGAGAGAGAUUCCCGCCGAACAAUGUUCUUCUAAUGCUCGCUGGAGCUGGCCUUCUAUGGAUGGGAUGGUCAGGUUUUAACGGUGGUGCUCCUUACGCUGCAAACUUAACCUCCUCAAUCGCGGUGCUCAACACCAAUCUUUCUGCCGCGACAAGCCUCCUUGUAUGGACCACACUUGAUGUCAUCUUCUUUGGCAAACCUUCCGUCAUCGGAGCCAUUCAAGGCAUGGUUACUGGCCUAGCCGGCGUCACUCCUGGAGCAGGGUUGAUCCAAACAUGGGCAGCAAUAAUAGUUGGAAUAGUCUCAGGAACAGCUCCAUGGGCCUCUAUGAUGAUCCUUCACAAGAAAUCCGCUCUCCUACAAAAGGUUGAUGAUACAUUAGCGGUGUUCUACACACACGCUGUGGCCGGUUUACUAGGUGGAAUAAUGACAGGCUUGUUUGCACAUCCUGAUCUCUGCGAAUUGAUACUUCCUGAGCCAACCAGAGGAGCUUUCUACCGCGGCAAUGGCGGAAAACAGCUUUUGAAACAAUUAGCAGGAGCUGCCUUCAUCGCUGUCUGGAACUUAGUGUCGACGACAAUCAUACUACUCGCUAUCAGAAUGUUCAUACCAUUGAGAAUGGCUGAGGAAGAGCUUGGUAUUGGAGACGACGCUGCUCAUGGGGAAGAAGCUUAUGCUCUUUGGGGAGAUGGAGAGAAGUUUGAUGCUACAAGACAUGUCCAACAGUUUGAGAGAGACCAAGAGGCUGCUCAUCCUUCUUAUGUUCAUGGCGCUAGAGGUGUCACCAUUGUUCUAUGAUUUUUCUUCUCCUUUUUUGUUAUUAUUUUCCUUAUGACUUAGAGAUGUGCAUGAGUGAUGUUUUUGUAUAGGUGGUGAAACUUCAUUUGUCAAUUUUUUUUGGGAGGUGUUAUUAACAAAUAACAACCAUUUGUGAUU